AUGCAACCAAAAAGCAGCAACGCGAUCACAGCCUAUGCUGUUAUCUUGCUUCAACUAAUUUACUGGACAACAGCACGUAGAGGCCUUGGCCCAGGCGAACAAGACUGGAACUAUGUUGAAGUGAGAAAGGGCGCCCAUCUCUUCUAUUGGCUCCACUACACGACAGCGAAUGUGAGUUCCUUUUACGAGCGACCGCUGGUUAUCUGGUUGCAAGGUGGACCCGGUAUUGCCUCCACAGGAAGCGGCUGUUUUAAACAGCUGGGACCUAUCGACAUUGAGGGACGACCACGUGAUAGCAAUUGGGUGCAGCACAUGAAUGUGCUCUUCAUUGACAGUCCCAUCGGCACUGGUUUUAGCUAUGUGGAAUCCUUUGGGGAAUACCCUCAAAACAAUACGCAAAUCGCCCUUGAUCUUGUCACACUAAUGUCGGAUUUUCUGCGAUCACAUCCCGAGUUUCAACGUGUCCCAUUGCACAUCUUCUCUGAGAGUUAUGGCGGCAAAAUGGCACCGGAAUUUGCCUUGGAAUUGUAUCUGGCUCAGCAACGGGGCGAGGUGCAAUGUCAACUCAAGUCUGUGGCGGUGGGCAAUCCCUUUACCUCGCCUAUAGAUACCAUUUUAUCCUAUGCUCCAUAUCUGCUACAAACGGGCAUUGUGGAUCACGAUGGGUAUACCAAAAUAAAGCAGGUUACGGAUGAGCUUUCGCGUCUGAUUUCUGCGGGCGAAAUGGAGAAGGCCAUCACACAGAAUACAGAAUUUCUUAAUUUGAUUGAAAAAAUCACUUCGAAAAUCUUUAUCUAUAACAUCCAGCAACGAAGACAUGUGGAUGAUGUAUUUGGCUAUAGUACGGAUCCUAAGAUGUUUGACUUUAUGGUCAACAACGUGACAACGGCUCUGAAUCUUACUCACAUGGCUGAAUGGAGGGACCGUAAUAUCUUGGUCUUCUAUAAUCUCCGCUUUGAUAUCUUUAAGCCUGCCGUUCACAUAGUCACUCGUCUGCUGGACGAGACGCCACUAUGCGUGGGCGUCUACUCGGGAGUCUUGGACUUCAUGUGUGCCACGCCCGGCACCGUCAACUGGAUCAAUCGGAUGUCGUGGCACCACAAGCAAGAGUAUGUGGAUGCCACACGUAAACCCUUCCGUAGCGAUGGCUAUCUUGAGGGCUAUGAGAAGCAAGGCGGAAACUUCAGCAUGUUUUGGGUCCUUCGCGCAGGACACAUGGUGCAGCAGGAUAAUCCUGCGGCCAUUACUCACAUUCUGCGAGAGUUCACUAACUAUGGAUGAU